CGUCGACUCUUCUUGCGCAUGCUCUUUGGUUUUAUAGCGUUGUAGCCUUUACAACACGCGCGCGCCCUGAGAGGCUCUUCCCGAUUGUUUGUAGUGUUUGAUUUGUUUAUUUAUUAAUAUUUUAUUGUUGUAUAUUUUGGUCAAGCGUAUUUUUUGGUUAGAUAUGGUUUUGCUGAAGAAUGUCAGUCCACCCAGCGAAGGUAUACGUUACCAGCAAGCAGAAACUACGGCGGUAUUGGACGGGAAGGGACUUGGUUCGGGAACCCUCUAUGUUGCAGAAGCACGUUUAUCCUGGUUUGAUGGCUCUGGCAAUGGGUUUUCUUUGGAAUAUCCAUCAAUCAGUCUGCAUGCAAUAUCUCGGGACCUUAGCGCAUACCCAGAGGAGCACUUGUAUGUCAUGGUCAAUUGCAAGCUGAACGAUGAAGAACCCAAAGAAUCAACAAUGAGUGAGAAAACAGAUGAUGAUGAUGAGGAAGAGGAGGAAGAGGAUGACAGUGAUCCUAUUUCAGAAAUAAGAUUUGUACCAAGUGAUAAAACUGCAUUAGAACCAUUGUUCUCUGCCAUGUGUGACUGCCAGGCUCUGCAUCCUGAUCCAGAUGAUGAAGACUCUGAUGACGAUUUUGAGGGAGACGAGUAUGAUGUUGAAGAAGCAGAACAAAGCCAUGGUGACAUUCCUACUUUCUACACUUACGAGGAAGGCCUUUCACAUUUAACCUCAGAGGGUCAGGCAACCCUGGAGAGAUUGGAGGGUAUGUUGGCAGAGUCGGUUGCCCAGCAAUACCACAUGGCAGGUGUGAGGACAGAAACUACUUCACCUGAAUUUGAUGAUGGCAUGGAGGUGGAUACAGGUACAGCAGAGGCCGGACAGUUUGAAGAUGCAGAUGUUGAUCACUGAUCAUUUUGGCACUUGUACGAGUCACUGUUCAAGCAAGCAGAAGAUGAAAUGUUAUUUUAAAGCCUGGAAUUGGUGAGGGUCAGAUAUGAAGAGCACUCUCUUUGCCCACUAUGAACUUUUUACACUUUUUGUAUUUAACUGUCAAAGCCUUAAGUUGAUUAUAAUUAUUUGUAUUUUAUGUUGAUCCUUGGAAAAAACAAAUAGUAUUCCCUACUUACUGAUGGAAAGACUUCGUAAAUAAAAUAGUUUUUGUAUUUAACAAGAAAACGCCUGCAGAGAUGGAUAUUGUGAAUAUCAAUCCUUGCUACCUUCCUGGGGACGGGUGAUGAAAG